CAAAGAUGCAUGCCGAUCUUACUCAAGAUCCCAUGACUAUAUUGGAUGUUCUCCAAGACCCCAGUUGUUCUGUUUAUAUACUUUGGUUCCCUGUUGUUCCUCAUUUGCUGUUUUUUGCCUGUCAAGCGAAGGGAAGGACGAUUAACGUUCUAUCACCGUUUUUCGACGGUAGACCCGCAGAUGUAUGGAUGUAAACACUUCACUUAAAGCCAAGCUUAUUGAAUGUCAACAAGCUCGCUUCAAUUAAUGGCUCCCUCACUACCUACUAAUCUAGCUAAUAUCGCUCCACAACCUCAACGAUUCCUAUCCAGCUUUCGGGCAAGCAUCAUUAGCUGUGCCUUUACCACGAUAGGUGCACUGCUUCGGGAUAAUUAGGUGAUCACACAAAGUAACGUUACUUGCGUCCUCGAACAGACAGCAGUCACGCUUUGAACAUAAAUGACUGUAUUGACCAUCGACGGGGCGCUAAUGUCCUCUAACUUGAGGUCUGUUAUACAUUGGGGAAAAGAGAGGAUUCGAUCCCUCUUGAAGUGGACUUGCAUCGUUGGGCUUCCCCCUCUACUUCUUUUGAAGUCCGUUAUUAACCAUCAUGAGCAGAGCGUGGCUUUCGACUCUCCGCUUAACCCUUGCUUCUGUAACGAUGGUCGGGAGAGAUCUUCCGCUUUAUCAACAUCGUUCCCAACGAUAUGCGAUAUUCUUAUAUUCCCGCAACUACCAGCAUAUCGAAUGAUUUCCCCUCACCAAUAAUCCCAAAGUGACUUGAUGCACUGUGGCAGUGGAGCAUCUAUCAUCGUCAAGACUUCGACCUGAUCACGGAUAUGAUAUCCUGAAAGGGCUACGUCAACCAGGGUCAAGGCUCCCACUCCGAGUCCACGCCAUUCGUGGACUUUAAGGGAUGGGCUCGAUUGACAUCCUGACCAGUUAGUUCUCAAGCGCAUAGUCGAAGAGCAGGGUCUGAAGACUAAAGCGCCUCCUUAUAUCCGUAUAACCGUUUUGAUACUCAUGGCCAGGACUUUCUACCGUCCACUGCCCAGGGACAUGACUUCCGGCUUUCAACCCUGGUGCCCAUUCAUUUAUAGGCUCAGCCAGAAUAAACAUUCAUAAUAUCGUGCUGCGAAGGAACGUGAGGCUAGGUAAAUCACCUUGAGAAGUAGACAUGCUCAGCCAAUGGCAAGAACAUAACCUGGAGCACUCAAUUACCUACCUAAGGUAGCCAUAUCUAUUGCCC